UUAAUGUAUUUUUAGACAGACAAAUGUGUGAAAGAUUAAAUGUUAUGGCUUUAUUUUAUUUUGCCAAACUUAAGAAGCAUGGGUCUGUUUACCAAAGGGCAGAUUUACAGGGAAAAGGACGAAGGCACAUCUGCAAAUACUAGGAAAUUUAAUAAUAUGCACUUUUACUUGAAUCAUGUGUUUGGAAAGAAAUGUAUGGUUCUCUGUUCCUCAUAUGGCCAUCAAGCUGGAGAUAAUGUGCAAGUUCUCAGAUAAAAGAUGAAGAGUCAGAGAUUGUACACUUUUGAAUAUUCAAAAUGGGUGAAUUAAAAAAAUUGAGUGAAGAAAGUUUGACUAGGCAGCCAGAAGAAGUAUUUGACAUCAUUUGCAAAUUAGGGGAAGGGAGUUAUGGCAGUGUCUAUAAAGCUCUGCACAAAGAAUCUGGUCAGGUGCUGGCCAUUAAGCAAGUACCUGUGGAUACUGAUUUGCAAGAAAUAAUAAAAGAAAUAUCUAUUAUGCAACAAUGUGACAGCUUAUUUGUUGUAAAGUAUUAUGGCAGUUAUUUCAAGGGAACAGACUUAUGGAUUGUUAUGGAAUAUUGUGGUGGAGGCUCUGUGUCAGACAUCAUGAGACUACGGAAGAAGACUCUGACUGAAGAUGAGAUUGCUACUGUUCUGAAUGACAUUCUGAAAGGUCUUGAGUAUUUGCAUUAUCGUCGAAAAAUUCAUCGGGAUAUCAAAGCAGGAAAUAUUUUGCUAAAUAAUGAAGGGCAUGCGAAGUUGGCUGAUUUUGGUGUUGCUGGACAGUUAACAGACACAAUGGCAAAAAGAAAUACAGUUAUUGGUACACCUUACUGGAUGGCACCAGAAGUCAUUCAAGAAAUAGGUUAUGAUUGUGUAGCUGAUAUUUGGAGCCUUGGUAUCACAGCACUGGAAAUAGCAGAAGGAAAGCCUCCGUAUGGAGAUAUACAUCCAAUGAGGGCUAUAUUUAUGAUUCCUGCCAAACCACCCCCAUCAUUUCGUCAACCUGAUCUUUGGUCUACAGAAUUUAUUGAUUUUGUUUCAAGGUGCUUAGUUAAAAAUCCUGAUGAAAGAGCUACUGCAACAGAGUUAUUGCAACAUGAGUUCAUUAAAAAUGCCAAACCUGUGACAAUCCUGCAACAAAUGAUAGCUGAAGCUAAAGAAAUCCAAGAAAGUGAAACUUACCAUAGAGACAGAUUGAAUAACCUAGAUUUUGAUGAUGAUGAAGUGGAUUCGCAUACAAUGGUAGAAUUUUUAGCAGAUUCUGGUACAUUAGUUCCAAGCAAUAGUGAUUCUGGUGAAAAUAACACAUUGAUUGCUCAUAGUGACUCAAAUACUCUUGUUGCUUGUGUCAAUAGUGAUAUUGAGUCAGAUCUUGGAACAUUAGUUAUUAACAGUGACAAAGAAGACGAAGAGGAUUCUACAAUGAAAAGACAUGAUACUGCCCCUGGUGAGAAAAAAGAAAACUACCGUCCCUACUUCCUAGAUCAUUUUGAUCAAAAAGAGAAGGAGCACAGAAAUGAGCUUUGUUCGAAUAAUAUCACUAAUCCUGUGCCUCAUUCAGGAACACCUCAUCCAAAUCAUUUUGUCCAAAAUGAUAACUUAUCAAGUAAAAAUUGCCAAACUCCAAAAGAGAAAAGAUUUUCUAACCAGCUUCAAAAACAACUCAAUCAGAUAAGCAGUGUUGGACCAUCUGCAGCCUUGCAUGAACCAUCUAAAUUCCAGCGUUCUUUUAAUGAUGGAGACUUUGAUUUUCUGAAAUUUCUGAGUUAUGAUGAACUUAGUCAGCGCAUGGCAAGUUUAGAUUCUGAAAUGGAGAGAGAAAUAGAAGAGUUAAGACGUCGGUAUCAAGCUAAAAGGCAACCAAUCUUAGAUGCCAUGGAUGCCAAGAAAAAAAGACAACAAAAUUUUUGAGUUUCUUGUUGGUAUUUUGAAAUGACAGAAACAUUUGAGUCUUUUGAGUGUGGCAUGCUUGAUUAGAUGACCUUGCUUUGUGAUGGGAUUGUGAUAUUAUAGGCCUGCCAUUGGAUUUUGAGUCAUUGAAAAAGCUGUUGGUGAAAAUCUCCUAAUAUCGGAUACUGCCAAUCAGGCAGAAGAAUCUUAUUUAAAUGUGGAAAUCUAAAUGCAUUACUACCUUUCUUUAUGUUUGGCUUUGUAGAUUUUAACCCAGGACAACAGCAGUUUCAAACUGUUUUUAAAGAUAAUUGCUGUUAACUAAAUAUGUGUAAAAAACUGAAUUCAUAAGGAAACUUAUUCAGCAGGUCCCAUUUUGUGUAUAAUAUAUGUUGAUGUAUCUUGUACAAAACUAAAAAAUAAUGAAACGGUGCUUGUCACUAGUCAAUUAAUAAAAGCUCUAUUGCUGUAGUUCCUAUAGGAACCAAGUGCCAGCUAAUGAUUGAUUGAUGAAGAGCAUUUCAUCUGUUGUUCCUGAAGUAAAGAAAGAAACUUAUUCUUAUGUUUUUUUUUUUUUUUUUUUGUUUAUUUGUUUGUUCUUCCUUAAAUUUGUAUUUGGGAGAUAGUUUGAAAAUGCAAUUCGCGCACAAAAGAAAUAUUGUUAGAAAUGUAUCAAAGGUAACUAAUUUGUCAUUAAAUAUGCUUUGAUUGAAAACAUUUUAACUUUUUAGUAGUAAGCCACAAUGAAAUGAGCUUGAUUGGUCUCUAGUCAUAACCAAAUUAUUGUCAUAUCUUGACAUUUUGUGGAUUCUUAAGGCAUGUUAACUAAAAGGCAUAAAUGUAUGUUAACUCUUGACUAUUGCCUAUACUGUCAUUUCAAACUAAAUGAAAUCAAUUAAAAGAAUUAUAUUACUUUUUUUUAACUUUGUGAAGCAUGUUGAUGAUAUGAAUCAUGCAAUGGAGUUUUCUUUGAAACAUUUUCAAUGAUACUAUUUUGUGUAAAUUUAGUAAUCAUACUGUAAUUAUUUAAAUAUUGAACUUGCAAUAAGACAAAGCAAUAUUUUCAAAGAUGAUAUUGUGUAAACAUUUUUUUUUUUAUUUGUAUGAUUGUGUUGAUUACUCAAAAAUGUAAUGUUGUAACUAGUCAAAAAUGUUGGAAAUGCAAGAAUUAUAUUAAGUGAUUAAUGAUUUAUGUUUUCAAAAAGAGAUAGCAUUCUGAUGAUUAUAAAGUAUCCAUCUGCAUGAUUAGUUUCUCUUAAAAGAGGUGUUUUUACUAAAUUUGUAUUGCUAGAUACUUUUAUAAUAUAAUAACUUGAAUGCAUUUUCAAAAUAUGAAGUAUAUAAUUAUGCAUUUAAAUUUUGUAGAAUAGUUUGUAAAUAUUAAAAAAUCGUAUUUCAAAAGACUUUCCUCAAAAUUAUUUGUUGCUAAAAAACUGCUUAUAUUAAUAUGGAGUAAAAUGGGUUUAUACACAUGUAUAAAAAGACCAAACAAAUGUUUCAUAAAAUUUCUCAUUAUUGUUUAAAUAUACUGUAUUUUAGCGAUACCUUUCCCAAGCUGCACUUUACAUACUAUCAUUGAUUUAGUCCCUAAUCAUAUGAUUUACGAAAAGUGUCUCUGAAAUAAUGGUACUGUAUGUGCUUGGAAAAAAAACUAUUCUGUAAUAUCAAAUAGUUGUAAUUUACUUGCGUUUUUUAGAACAAAAUCCAGCUAUUAAUGGAAGUUGAUUUAUAAUUGUUUGGUAUGUAAUUUUAAUUUUUUUCAAGCAGUUGUAAUAAAUUAUUUCAGUAACGAUUUUUAGGCAGUGUUAUUUGUCAUUAAGCCGGCAGUAUGAGAAAAAUUGGAAUUCAUUAUGAAUUACAAUAUAAUCUAAACAUUCAUUCUGUGAUUUAUUUUUAAAUGAAAAAUGACAAGUGCAAUGCCCAUUUUUCUCCAUUGAAAAUUUUAUGAUCAUGCUGAUGUUACCAAUUUAAGCUUCUGUUGAAAUUCGCUCAAGUUUGCUUGUGCAAGUUUGAAAUUUUAUGUAAUAAACCUUUUUUUAAUAGAAGUGACUUUGUAAUGUUACUAUGUUUCCAAUUUAAAAUAAUUUUCCUGUUUGAAAAUCAAAGUGAAAUGAAUCGAUAAUAAGAGAUGAAAAUGAAGGCUUUAGAUCUCAAUUAUGGAAAUUUUAUCAUAAAUGUAGAUUCUGUUUUUGUCUUUUUUUUUUUUUUUUCGCAUUAUUUACGGUUUUGUAGCUUAAAUUCUGUCAACACAUCAGUGCCUUGAAACUCUGUAUCAUAAUUUUUAUUGUAAUCUUUUGUGUUGAUUUGCUUGAAGAGAGCUUUUAGUAAAAUGAAUUUUGUUGUGUUUUUUAAAAAUAAUAGCUAUUGGUGAUUUUCUUUUAUUAAGCUGAAUCAAGCAUUCAAAAUAUGUUAAUGAUUUUAAAUAUUGGUUAUUAUUUUGAAGUUUUUAUUCACGAUUCUGCGAUGUGUACAUUGAUGUUACUUGGUAUUCAUCAUCAGUUUUUAUUUGUCCAAUAGUAUCACAAGCUGAUAACGUCACUUGAAGGGGAAAAAAUCAGUUAGGUUUUGUCUUGCAAUCUAUUCAGUAUGAAAGAAAGUAUUUACUGUUAUUUAAUUUCAAAAUUUUUACGUAUUAUUUCGAUUUGAUAUGUAUUAAUGAUACUUUCAUUUAUGAAGGUGGGAUUUGUGUUUAUUUUCAUUUUUGACUGGACGUUUCGUUUCCUGUCACAGAAGAUAUAUAAUGUCAACUUCUGUAAUGGGCAAAGCCUUUUAAAUGCAAAUAAAUGAUGUUAGAGUAAUACUUAGUCAUUUAAAUUUAGUUAAAUACGUCAGCAUAUGAAAAAAAAAAAUAAAUGUGUGUUCAGCUAGUUUGGUUUGUGCGUACAGACCUUUUGAACACAAACUUUGAGCAGGUUAAAAUUGCUAGCAUUUAUUUUUAUUCCAUGUGACUGUUCAAGCAUCUGAAAAUUUGAUCCACUUUAAAAAAAAAAUCAAACAUAAAAUGUACCCAAGUGAUAAAUCAUUUAAAUAUACUUCUUAAAAUAAAAUAAAAAAAUGUAAUUUCUUUUUUAAAAAAAUAGUUUUUAUUUUUUGGAAGAAUUUUCUUGUUAUUAAAUUUAUUCAAGCCAUGCCUAGUUGAAGUAGAUAUAUCUGUAAGGAAGUUUGCAAGCAUUAAGAAACUGCAGUGCUUGCAUGAAACUUAUUUUUCUUUAUUUUCCAUCUUUCUGAUUUAACCCUUCAGUACGGAUUUUUUUUGAAAUGCAUCCCUUUUUCUAUGUAAGCGAGAACAAUAUGUUCCAAGUAAGAUGGUUUUUUUACCUGUGUGAUUUCUAAACCUGAUGCUGUAAUAGUCAUAUAAAUAAAAACCAUCGCUUUUAUGUAUAAAAUUUAAUUACUCUUAAUUAUUAUGAAAUCUUGUUAAAAUUUUAUAGUACAUAAUUAAUAUUUAUUGCAAACAUAUGUGUAAUGCCUCCUAAUAGUUAAAAAAUAGUGAACACACAUAUGUACAUAAUUCUUUUCAGGAAGCAUUGACUCUUGGUUUAAAAAAAUUGUCUCUGCCAUAUUGGUGAUCGAAUUGAAAAGUGCACAUUUCGCUUGUUUUGCAACAAAUACAUUACAUUGUGAUUCAGAGUAAUUUUCAUUUCAGUAGUAAUUUUAAAAUGUGAGCAGGACAUAUAUUUACUAUUAGUAGUCAAAAUGUUAAUUUCUUUUACUCAUUGCAUAUAAAUUUCUGUUGCAUGAUUCUUUUUACAUAAUUUUGCAUUUGGAAACAAAAUUAUUAUCUUUUUAAACAGAAUUUUAAGGAAAUUGCAGAAAAGGAGACGAUUUUGAUGGGUUUUAUUAUCCCCUCCUCCCUUCUGAAAGUAAUGAUGUCUGGUGAUAAUAUCGUUAGUCAAGAAUUUCAUUAUGUAUGUAUCUUCCUAGUCAUGAAAUGUAUGUAUGCCAUAAAAAUUUCCUUUGUCACUGGAUAAAUUUGAUUUGUAUUCAUUUCUCUCACUUUUAUCCCCUUCUUUAAAAUUGAUUUCAUCUGUAUGAAAUGGAUUAAUUAACCAACUCCAAUAUCUUUUGCACUUUUUGAAACUAUUUAUUUUGUGAAUUGCCAUUUCACUUAAUGAUUUCAAAUCUGUGGGUGAUAUAACAUGAAAAACUUUUCUUUCAAAAAUAUUGAAAUGUGUGUGGGCUUCUAAUUUGACUAUUCUUCAAAAUGUUGAUUUAAUUAAUAUCAAUUAUUUUAUUGAAAGGGUUUUAAGAGAUUGCUUAUUGUUGUUUUUAUAGCUCGCGAUUACCGGGACAAAACCACUUCAACUUUUAAUUAAAUCACCCAAAAACUAAUCGCAUGUAAUAAAUCUAUAAAAUUUAUGUCCAUUUUUAAAGUAUGGUCUUAAGAUGUUGCUGGGUACAGUUUCCUUACCCCUUUAUUAAUAUUUGAUUAAUUUUGAAAUAUUGUUAUUUUAAGAAACCUGUUUGCAGUUUUGACAGAGUUAUGUUAAAAAUGAUGAAGGAAUUUUAUAUGAAUAAUGAGAUUGAAAAUGAAUUGCUAUGAGAAAUGCUUCAUUAAAAUAAUACAUUGUCAUUGAUACGUAAUUAAAAUAUUUCAUUGUUCUAUCAAAAAAUUGUGUUCAUUAGAAAAACCUAAUUUAGGGAAUUUAAUAAAUCAAUAAUAAGUACAUUGAAAAAAAUCUGUUAUGUUUAAAUUAUGUAUAAUGUUGUUUUCAUGAAAUAAAGCAGAACGUCUCAAUUUUUUAUGUGUAAUAUAAAUAAUUGAGUUGUGAGAAUUUAUUUUAUAAUUUGAAUUGUUUCUGUGAUUUUACAGGAUAUUACUUUUUCCCAUGUGGGUAUAAUAUCGAAGGCUAUUAUAUUUUUUGAAAAUUUAAUUUCAUCUUGCUGCUUUAUAUUAAAAAUUAAAACACUUUCUUGAAACAAGUCUCCAGAUUAUUAUUAUUAUCAUUUUGUUAACUUGAACAUUGGUAGAAUAUUCAUUUAAUGGUAUACUGUUUAAUUUACUUCAUAUGUGAUAUUGAGUUAGUUUUUAAAGUGUGCUAAAAAUUUUAGAUAUGAAAGUGGUGCUACUAUUCUUAAUAGAAUAUGAAAUAUUAGAAUAUUUUCUACUAAAUAUAGCUACUAGAUCUCUUUUAAUAAUCAUUUUGUUUUUUUACUCUUUAUCAUGAAGUUUUAAAAGUUUUCAUCCAGUAUAAUUUUAAAAUAUUUCAGAUUUGAAAAAGUUGCUGAUACUCAAAAUGUGUUGUUGAAAAUUUGAAAUGAACUUGUAAUUCUAUACUUAGACUUAACAUGAUAAUCUAUUAUUCUAAAUAAUUAUGCAUUUUCCCUGGUAUAUUUUUUUCAAGCCAUAUUUUCAAUUAUAUUUUUGAAAUUAUGAAAGCAAAUUUAAUAUUAGGAUUUUUAGUUUCAUCCGAAACUAUUAAAUGUUUUUUCUUUCUUUCAUUAAUUUCUAUAGAACUAAAAUACAUUACUCUGAAUUAUAAUGUUUUUGUAAAGUAGUGACAUUAAUUUUUAACAGUUUUAUUUUUUAUGCUUUCUGCUUAAAACAGAUAUAAUUUACUGUGUCUAAGGUUGAUUGAUUUGAAUUUUGAUACUAAUUUGUUGCUUGAUCUGUUUCAUUUACGUGUUUUCAUCUUUAAAGGUUUUUGCAAUAUCAAGAAAUUUGUAAUUUUUUAGAUUGUAACGUUAUGUAAAUUGAUUUCUGUCUUUGCCAAAGUUUUUAAUUAUUUGAUUGGGGCAUCUUUUAUUAAGCUGAGUGCUUUAAUUAGUCAUCUUUUUCAGUCAGUGCCUUCACCUUCUCAUUGUGGAAUUAUUUAAAUGCCACUUAUAAAAAAAAAAUAGAUGCUAAAAAAAUCCUCAAGACAACAGUAGUGAGUUUCCUUUUAUGAAAAGUUCUUCAAGUCAAUUUGUGAAAGUUUAACUAAGAAUAUAAGAAUUGUAAGUUAUAAUUUAACAAGCUCUAAGCAUCAAUCUUUAGAGUUAAAAAGCUUUUACUAUUUUCAUUCAAGUAUGCAUGAAGUAUAUGUAUAUGUCAUUGUUUGCCAAGAUUUUAUUCUAUAUUAUUUAAUUAUGUAUUAUUACUAAUUAUUUGUUGAUUUAAUGCUUGACAAUUCUUCAGUUCCAUUGAAAUUUUAAUUGUUCAAUUCCAUUAAAAUUUAAAUGAACUUUAUUUACUUCUCAAUUUUUUCUUUAUGUAUGAUUUGUGGAAUAUAUUUUAUUCUUAAAUUUCCUCUUUUUUGUUUUACUUAAAGACGUAUAAUUAGGAAUUUAUCCUGCAAUAUAACACAACACUGUUUAUAAGUAAUUUUAGAAAAAAUAAAUUGUGUGCCUUUUUGUUAAUGUCAGGUUUGAAAUGCCUUUCAGUGUCUGGAUAUUUGGUUUUGCAAACAAGUAUUCAAAUAUACUUGCAGUAUUUUUCUAUAAUGCUCUGCAUAUUGGAAGUUAUUGCAUUUCUCCAUUUUGUGAAAUUGUCUAAAUUAAGAUAACUGGUUAAGGAAACAUAUCAUGAAUCAUGCUUAGAAUCGCCGACAAAUUUUGUUAUUUUUUCAAGUUUAUUAUUGAUAUUCAUUUUUACGGUGGUUUUUGUUGUUGUUGACCUCGUUUUUUCUAAUGCUCAUCCUUGUAACUGAUAUUUUAUUUUAAAACGGUCUUAAAUGUAUUUUGAUAUUUUUUCAUUCUCUCUUUUUUUUCUUGCAUUUCUUGAGCAUUUAUUUAUUCAUGUUUUUGUUUUUUGUUGUAUUUCAAUUCAAAACAGGUAGGAAAGUCUGAUUUUUAAUUAUAAAAGUUAAUUCUUUUAAUAUGCACCGUAUAUUUUCACCUAAAAAUUAUAGAUCUGUUUACAAUUAAUCUGGCAUGACAGAGAACACUUAUGUAUUUGUGAUAAAAACAAAUUAUUGCCUGUAUAUGGUGAUUCCGGAGCUGCAUAAGUAAAGCUAUGUACAGACAUAUACGUGGAUGAUAAAAUUGGUAAAAGUAAAGCCAUUUUCUAUGAAUCUAUUUUUAUAGAUUUUUCUGGAGUUUAUUGUAUUCAGUAUCAGGAAUGAUGGAAAUGUGCAUGAAUAGUUAGUCAAUCAGAUAAUCUCAUGUAGUAUAGUUUAUUAAGAUAGAAAAAAAUGUAAAUUCUUUCAUAAGGUACUAACAUAAUUUUAUUUCAUUAUUAGUAAAAGUAUUCUAUAGAGAAGGGGAGAAUUGAUUGAUUAUAAAAUUUAAAGUUAAGUUAGUGAUAUCUAAUACUCAUAUUGUUUAUUGAUGAUUUAAAUUUUUUUUUAAAAAAAUCUUAGUGAAUAUUUUUAAUUAAGAGCUUUGAGAUAUAAUGUUUUGUAAAAAUGAGCUGUGAGGUAGAAGUGUAGUUUUUUAAGAAGUAAAAAAGAGAAAAAUUUGUAAAAAUGUAUUUCUUAUGUCUUGUAAGAAUUUGCAUGCAUAAAGCAAUAAUUGGAACUUUUGUAGUUGUAAGAAGUUAAAAAGAUUAAAUGUUUUUAUUUUUACACAGAUAAUUUUAUAAUGUACUAAUACCAACGAUUAUAAAUUUCAAAUUAGUAAAUCUAGAAUAAAGAUGAAUAAUAUAAUGUGAAAUGUGAGUGACAAUUUCUUGGAUUCUUUACUCUUGUAUAAGUAAAUGGUCACAUUGUUUUCUCAAAUCAUGUGUAAUAGAUGUUUUCCAGUGUUGAACUUUUAUUUGUUUUGCACACAUUGAGAUAAGCAUAUAUUAUUUGUAAAUAAGACAGCAUCAUUACAAAAGAUUAAAUCACUAUUAUAUAUUAUUUUAACAUGUUUUAUUUAUUUAUGUUGUAUUUAAGUUUAUUUGAAAGAAUUUAUUUUACAAUUAAGAAUUUUGCAUGUGUCGCUUACGUGUUAGAAAAGUUUUUCAUUAUGCAAAUUUUGAUUUUAGAUAUGUCUGCACAAUUUCUCAUUUAUGGAGAAUUUUUUUUUAUUUUUCAGUUCACAAAACAGAUGUUAUUCUUGAUUUUCUUAAUAUGAAAUAAUACCACAAGAUAAUCAUUGUAUUAAUAUUAAUAAUCUGCUUAAAGUAUCUUAAUUAGUAAAAUAUUUUAUAGUGUUUUAUUUUGAAUUUAUUGUUAUAUUUUUUGGUUACAAAUUACUUUGUUUUUCACCCAUAAUUCUGAUAAAAUAUAAUUGUACUUUUAGUCUGCUUGAGUUCCAAAAUUAUAAAUAAUUAAAUAUCCAAAUUGAUUUUUUAGUGCAAUAAUUUCAAAAAUCAUCUAUGUCUCUUGUUUUGAAUCUAAGUUUUCAGACAUUUUGUUUAUAUAUGUUUCUGUUCUUUUUACCUACAUCAAAGCUGUUCCAACUAUGAAAUGUAUUCAUGUAAACAAAAGCACGGCAAUCAUGUUAGAAUGGAAUAAAAUUUAUCCUUCUAGCACAAUGUACAUAUUGUAGAUUUUUUUUUAAAUUCAUUUGCAGGA